GAGUCCUUAACCUCAUUUUCUAGCUAGUUUUAUAUGCUUCAUCUUUACACCUCUAUAAAUAUGGGUACUCCCGCAUAGAUCCUAUUAGGUUUCCCUAAGUGUGUCCUAUUCCUUGCACCCUUCAUCAUGGGUCGAAAAAAGGUUAGGUAUGAACUAAUAGCUGAUGAGUCUGCUAGAAAAGUAACUUUUAGGAAAAGGAAAGCAGGAUUGCUAAAGAAGAUGAGUGAGUUGAAGACCUUAUGUGGGGUGGAUGCAUGUGCAAUUAUUUAUGAUUCACGUGAUGAUCAACCCGAUGCUUGGCCCUCCUCACCCGAAGCACAUCGUGUGGUUGAAAUGUUUAAAGAUUUGCCUUUAUCAAAACAAGGCAAAUUUAUGAUGGACCAAGAAAGUUUUCUCCAAAAAAAUAUAUCAAAGCUGAGUGCAACUCUAGAAAAAGAAAAGAAGAAGAAUCAGAGGCUCAAGAUGGAAAUGCUUAUGUCUGAAUGCUUGGAAACUAAAUCUCUGGAUGGUGUGAAAACUAUGGAGGAUCUUAUUGACUUGAGCGCAUUUUUGGAGGAGAAAAAGAAGUUGAUUACUAAGAGGAUUGAUUUCCUUAAGCAAAGCAAUCCUAGCCAAGUCACUGCGGGAAAUGAGGACAAAAACUCCGGUUAGCAUGGGAAAUGUACGCAUUCAUCUAAAUAAAGGUCGUUAUAGAGUCUCUAUAUGGCAUGGCAUCAUGCAAAAUGGCUUGAUAUAUCUAUAUUGUGUGUGGGUUUUAUCCUCUCAGAAUAAAUGUUUCCCUAUUGUCGUACUAGUUUGAAUAAAUGGAUUUCCAUUUCGAAUGCUCAUAAA